GUGAAUUUUGAAAUGUUUUCGAGGUCCAUAAGUAUCGACCAUGUAAAAUAAGAUUUUUGUUUUGUUUUGUUUUGUUUUGAGUCAUGUUGAACAUUUCACUUCAUAAGUGAAUGCCAAAUAAGUGUGUGAUGGAUUCUAAACGACUCUCAGCAAACGUGCAAAGUAACAGAAACACAGACUUAACCCAGAGUACAGAGGAUGACCCUUUGAUUGAUGGGCCGCUCAUAUCCAAAGAUGCAUUAGAGUCAUCCAUCAAAAGAGAGUUCCAGAAAUUACCCACUGCCUGGACAGCAGGAUUACUGAUGGUAGUACAUGUGGUGUUGGUGGGCCUGUGCGUGACCCUGGCAGUGGUGUGCGUGCUGGUGGGCAACCAUGCAGAGGAGUGCGAGGUGGCGCUCUCCGGGCUCGACACCGUUGCUGCAGUGUUGCUGGCCAAGACGGCCCUGUGGCUGCUGGUCUUCCUGUUUGAGAGGUGCGUGCAGCACCAGCACAGCAUGGCGAGGAGGAGAGGAUACCUGCGCUUCUACAGGGUUACCAGGGAGCUGCAGCACAUGCCCCUCCUCAUACACUCUGCAGGUAAUGCAGCAGUACUGGUAGUCAUGGCACCCUCCUCUAUUUUGGACAAAAGGGUCAGAAAUCUCUCAGUGUAUUUGUUGAUCGUCAUCAUCUGUGUGGAGCUACUCGCCUCCAUCAUAUGUCUGACCAAAUACACAGUGCAUGUGUUGCGGUUCAACAAGCAGAGUCCAAGCCCAGAUGUCAGUGAGGAGGAGCACUCCCACACAUUCUCUGCAGGCACCAGUGUCACGCGCACAGAGACGGGUUUCAGGGAUGGCUCUAGCCUUGAAGAGGUGGUGGAGAAACAGGCUGACCUGAUAGAGUAUCUGAAGCAGCACAACACGCAGCUGAGCAAGAGACUCCUGGCCUUGUCCUCCCAGCAGGCCAGGGCCUGAGCCCGGGAAACAGGGGCCUGAGACUGAGCUCCUUCUAACUGCCUUCAUCUCCGCACUUUAAACAUGCACGUGUGUCCGUGUUGACUGACAGUUGUGGUCAUGGCUGACUAAUCACAGGGCUUCUAAUGGUGAAAAAGAGCCUUGGUAACCUCUCCCUAACAACGCUUCUUUCAUGUUCCCAUGGUGACAAACGCGUUAAGCGUUUUGCUGCAAUAUGUUAUACGGGGGACUCUUGAAGAUGUAUUAAUUCAUGAUCCCCAUCUUGAUCACUGGCAAAAAUGUAAGUGUCUUUAUUUUGUUUGUUUGUUCAUAUGGAUCUAAAUUGCAUUGAUGAGGGUUUUUUAGCCAUUCUAUGUUUGAACUAGGUACUGUAUUUUUCAUGUUUAAUUCAGUGUGUUUUGUAUUGACUUGUUUUUUGAUGGAAGAUGUGAGCUUUUCCCAUAAUAAAAUUUAAUUUGUUGAAGCAGUGAAA